UAUGCCAGUGGGUCGCGUUCCAAAAGCAUUGUGAGCCAGAGUAGACCACAGAGACAUUUAGUGCAACUGGUUUUAUGAUAAACAUGCUCACAAUGUUUUUGGGAGUUUUUUCUUUGUGAUUACAAAAUGAAGACAAGCCUUGACCUCCACCGAGUGCCUUCUUUCUAGAGUCGUCAUCAGCCAGACUCAUAGGCUGCAUCCGAAAACUGAAAAAUGCUGCCUUCGGAGGAUGCAUUCCAUGGUGUGUCUGGUGAUGUAGCUGAAGUGAAGUCAGUGACGGAGGGAGAUUGUGUCACUCUAAUCACUAAUGUUACCAAACAACAACAUGAUAACAUGAUGCGGUGGUACUUUACUGACACUCUCAUCGCUCUGAUCAAUGGUCCCAACACGAGCUGUUUAUAUGAUGGAGAAGACAGGAGAUUCAGAGACAGACUGAAGGUGGACUAUCAGACUGGAUCCCUGACCAUCACAAACAUCACAACUCAACACACUGGACGCUAUGAAGCAGACAUCAUCAGAGAUGAGACUUCAGGAAAAAGUGAAAGCUUGAACAGAACGGGCAAGUGUGACAGCACAAAAAUCACCAAAAAAAGCAGCAACCGUGGUGACAUCAUACAAUCAAUCAAUCUGACUGUCAAUGGUUCAGGUCUGUCUCCAGCUGUUGUAGCAGGAAUAUGUGUUGUUCUGCUGCUGGCUGCUGCUUUUGGUGUUGUUGUUGUUGUUGGUGUGAUGAUCUUUCGCCGCAGGAGCUCCAGCGAAGACAAGAAGAAAUUCAAACACGUUCUAGAAAAAAUGUCUAAGGAUAUGUCUUUAUUUUCUUACAGACACCGAAUGGAAGAAGUCUAAUGAUCUAAAAGGAUCGCAACAGCUUGGGCAAAGAACAAACUCCUCUAAAUAUGCGUAACAGCAAAAUGAGAUUGAGUUUUGAGCUGAAAUAUUGAAAUCCUUUAUAGGUCUCUCAUUAAUGAUUAAGCGCUCAGUGAUAUCUGUUAUUGAAAUAUUGAAACGGCUGGAAACAUGCUAAUGUUAACUGUGUGAUGUUAACAGUCAUUUUGUCUGUAUUGUUGUUAAUUUCAAAUUUUAUCAUUUCAAUGUUCUGUAAUUAUUUGUCAAAGACUCUGUAAGUUCAUGUAAUCUUUGAACAAAUGUUUUUAUCCAAAAAAACAACAGAAAAACAACUGCAGUUUGUUAUAGUUCAUACACUCAUCUAAAAGAUUAUUAGGAACACCAUACUAAUUCUGUGUUUGACACCCUUUCGUCUUAAGAACUGCCUUAUUUCUACGUGGCAUUGAUUCAACAAGGUUCUUUAGAAAUGUUGGCCCAUAUUGAUAGGAUAGCAUCUUGCAGUUGAUGGAGAUUUAUGGGAUGCACAUCCAGGGCACGAAGCUCCUUUUCCACCACAUCCCAAAGAUGCUCUAUUGGGUUGAGAUCUGGUGACUGUGGGGGCCAUUUUAGUACAGUGAACUCAUUAUCAUGUUGAAGAAACCAAUUAGAAAUGAUUCGAGCUUUGUGACAUGGUGCAUUAUCCUGCUGGAAGUAGCCAUCGGAGUAUAGGUACAUGGUGGUCAUAAAGAUAUGGACAUGGUCAGAAACAAUGCUCAGGUAGGCCGAGGCAUUUAAACUAUGCCCAAUUGGCACUAAGUGGCCUAAAGUGUGCUAAGAAAACAUCCCCCACACCAUUACACCACCACCACCAGCCUGCAGAGUGGUAACAAGGCAUGAUGGAUCCAUGUUCUCAUUCUGUUUAUGCCAAAUUCUGACUCUACCAUCUGAAUGUCUCAACAGAAAUCGAGACUCAUCAGACCAGGCAACAUUUUUCCAGUCUUAAACUGUCAAAUUUUGGUGAGCUUGUGCAAAUUGUAGCCUCUUUUUCCUAUUUGUAGUGGAGAUGAGUGGUAGGGUCUUCUGCUGUUGUAGCCUAUCCGCUAUUCUAUCAGCUUGAAUCAGUCGGCCCAUUCUCCUCUGACAUCUAGCAUCAACAAGGCAUUUUCUCCCACAGGACUGCCCCAUACUGGAUGUUUUUCCCUUUUCACACCAUUCUUUGUAAACCCUAGAAAUGGUUGUGUGUGAAAAUCCCAGUAACUGAGCAGAUUGUGAAAUACUCAGACCGGACCAUCUGGCACCAACAACCAUGACACGCUCAAAAUUGCUUAAAUCACCUUUCUUUCCCAUUCUGACAUUCAGUUUGGAGUCCAGGAGAUUGUCUUGACCAGGACCACAGCCAUAAAUGCAUUGAAGCAACUGCCAUGUGAUUGGUUGAUUAGAUAAUUGCAUUAAAGGGUUAGUUCAUCGAAAAAUCAAAAUUCAGAGAGCUCUCAGUCCCUCCAUUGAAGCUUUGUGUAUGGUAUACUGUCCAUGUCCAGAAAGGUAAGAAAAACAUCAUCAAAGUAGUCCAUGUGACAUCAGAGGGCCGGUUAGAAUUUUUUGAAGCAUCGAAAAUACAUUUUGGUCCAAAAAUAGCAAAAACUAUGACUCUAUUCAGCAUUGUCUUCUCUUCCAGGUCUGUUGUGAGAGAGAGUUCAAAACAAAGCAGUUUGUCAUAUCCGGUUCGCGAAAGAAUCAUUCGAUGCAACCGGAUCUUUUUUAAACAGUUCACCAAAUCGAACUGAAUCGUUUUAAACGGUUCGCAUCUCUAAUACGCAUUACUCUACAAAUGACUUAGGCUGUUACCUUUGUUAAUGUGGCUGACCCUCCCUCUGAGUUCAAACAAACCAAUAUCCCGGAGUAAUUCAUUUACUCAAACAGUACACUCACUGAACUGCUGUGAAGAGAGAACUGAAGAUUAACACCGAGCCGAGACAAACAAACAAAAGAUUGACUCGUUCUUGAGUUUCGGUGAACUAACCCUUUAAACACACUGGAAACUCUGGUAGUGUAUUUGCUAUUUUUGGACCAAAAUGUAUUUUCUGUACAGUAUACCGUACAUACGUUUUCAAUGGAGGGACAGAAAGCUCUCGGACUAAAUCUACAAUCUUAAACUUUGUUCUGAAGUUAAACGGAGGUAUCAUGAGUUAGGAACGACAUGAGGGUGAGUUAUUAAUGACAUAAUUUUGAUUUUUCAGUUAACUAACUCUUUAAUGAGAAAUUGAACAGGUGUUCCUAAUAAUCCUUUAGUUGAGUGUAAUUUAUAUAAACUAAUCUAAACUAAAAAAGUUAUUUUUAGUUUAUGGUUGUGCAUUACUUUUACACAGCAAGUGAAUGUUGUUUAUGUGCUUCAUGAAUUAUUUUUGUCUUUUUAAAUGGUUUGUAUUUAAAUCACUAAUACAUUUCUUAUCUACAUUUAUACAACAGAUGAUUUGUGAUUAUUAGAAGGAAGAAAAGAGAAACAAAGAAUCAAAGAAUCAGUUCAGAAACAAAGAAUCAGUUGAGCUCGCUGAUUCAGAUGAAUGAAUGUUUGUAGCACCAAAACAAGGACAAAAAGACACUGUUCAUAGCUUUUACUUUGACAGAAGUUGACAUGAGUUACUAGUCAACUGUCCAGAAAAUAAGAGCUAUAAUAACUUUUAAAGCAGUUACUGUUAAAUCUUCAUCUUCAAAAUUUAUACUAAUUUUCUGUAUAAGAAAAAUAACUUUUUAUGAUUCUGUAUGUAAACUUGUGAAGUUAAGUUUAUUUUUGUUGUUUUUUCACUUCAGAAAAAAAAUCUGAUUCAUACCUGAGAUAUUAAUAUUUUAGUAAAAUCCUUAAAAAAAAAAAAAAAGGAAAAAUACUUCCAGAACUAAGGCUACUGUAGCUGUUGUCUCGUAAUAAACUUUACACUUAAUGCUGCAAAUGUUUUUAUUCAACCAUAAUUUAAAUCUGAAUUUUGAUUAAUUCAGAUUAUUUUAUUAGUUUUGGUUCCUUGGCGCUGUCGCCUCUGGCUUGCUUAGUUGGGAUCACUUUAUCUACAGCAAUAUCGUUGACUUGAUUGCAAAUGAUUGCACAGAUACUAUUUAACUGAACAGAGAUGACAUCACUGAAUUCAAUGAUGAACUGUCUUUAACUGUCAUUUUUCAUUACUGAGACACUGUUUUCCUAAUGAAUGUUGUUCAGUUGCUUUGACGCAAUGUAUUUUGUUUAAAGCCCUAUAUAAAUAAAGGUGACUUGACUUGACUAUGA